AUGAGCUUCACCUUUCACUCGGUUUUCUUCACCCUGAAGGUGAGCGUCCUGCUGGGGUCUCUGUUGGGGCUUUGCCUAGGCCUUGAGUUCAUGGGCCUCCCCAACCAGUGGGCUCGCUACCUUCGCUGGGACGCCAGCACACGCAGUGACCUGAGCUUCCAGUUCAAGACUAACGUCUCCACGGGGCUGCUCCUGUACUUGGAUGAUGGUGGAGUCUGUGACUUCCUCUGCCUCUCCCUGGUGGAUGGCCGUGUCCAGCUCCGCUUCAGCAUGGACUGUGCAGAAACUGCUCUGCUGUCUAACAAACAAGUGAAUGACAGCAGCUGGCACUUCCUCAUGGUGAGCCGUGACCGCCUGCGCACUGUGCUCGUGCUUGACGGCGAGGGCCAGUCUGGGCAGCUGCAGCCCCAGAGGCCCUACAUGGAUGUGGUCAGUGACUUGUUCCUUGGUGGAGUCCCUGCAGACAUACGAUCUUCUGCCCUGACCCUCGACGGAGUACAGGCUAUGCCCGGCUUCAAAGGAUUUAUCCUGGAUCUCAAGUAUGGCAACUCAGAGCCUCGGCUUCUGGGGAGCCAGGGCGUCCAGUUGGAUGCCGAGGGACCCUGUGGUGAGCAUCCCUGUGAGAAUGGUGGAAUCUGCUUUCUCCUGGAUGGCCACCCCACCUGUGACUGUUCGACCACUGGCUAUGGUGGCAAGCUCUGCUCAGAAGAGAACCACCCACUGGAAGGUCCAAUGCAUUUGACUGCUAACCAGAAGGCUCGUGAGGAGAAUGUGGCCACUUUCCGGGGCUCAGAGUACCUGUGCUAUGACCUGUCUCAAAACCCAAUCCAGAGCAGCAGUGAUGAGAUCACCCUGUCCUUUAAGACCUGGCAGCGUAACGGGCUCAUCCUGCACACGGGCAAGUCUGCUGACUAUGUCAACCUGGCUCUGAAGGAUGGCGCGGUCUCCUUGGUCAUUAAUCUGGGGUCUGGGGCCUUUGAGGCCAUUGUGGAGCCCGUGAAUGGCAAGUUCAACGACAACGCCUGGCAUGAUGUCAAAGUGACACGCAACCUCCGGCAGCACUCAGGCAUUGGACACGCUAUGGUAACAAUCUCUGUGGAUGGCAUUCUUACCACGACGGGCUACACGCAGGAGGACUACACCAUGUUAGGCUCAGAUGACUUCUUCUACGUGGGAGGAAGCCCAAGCACCGCUGACCUGCCAGGCUCACCCGUCAGCAACAACUUCAUGGGCUGUCUUAAAGAGGUUGUUUAUAAGAAUAAUGACAUCCGUCUGGAGCUUUCUCGCCUGGCUCGGAUUGGGGACACCAAGAUGAAAAUCUAUGGUGAGGUUGUAUUCAAAUGUGAGAAUGUGGCCACAUUGGAUCCCAUCAACUUUGAGACCCCAGAGGCUUACAUCAGUUUGCCCAAGUGGAACACCAAGCGCAUGGGCUCCAUCUCCUUUGACUUCCGCACCACUGAGCCCAACGGCCUGAUCCUCUUCACUCAUGGCAAGCCCCAAGAGAGGAAGGAUGCUCGGAGCCAGAAGAACACAAAAGUGGACUUCUUUGCCGUGGAGCUCCUUGAUGGCAACCUUUACCUGCUGCUUGACAUGGGCUCGGGCACCAUCAAAGUGAAAGCCACUCAGAAGAAAGCCAAUGAUGGGGAAUGGUACCAUGUGGACAUCCAGCGAGAUGGCAGAUCAGGUACCAUAUCAGUGAACAGCAGGAGGACUCCGUUCACUGCCAGUGGGGAGAGUGAGAUACUGGACCUGGAGGGAGACAUGUAUCUAGGGGGCCUACCUGAAAACCGUGCUGGUCUCAUUCUCCCUACGGAGCUCUGGACUGCCAUGCUCAACUAUGGCUACGUGGGCUGCAUCCGUGAUCUGUUCAUCGAUGGCCGUAGCAAGAACAUCCGGCAGCUGGCAGAGAUGCAGAACGCUGCGGGCGUCAAGUCCUCCUGUUCCCGGAUGAAUGCCAAACAAUGUGACAGCUACCCCUGCAAAAAUAAUGCUGUGUGCAAGGACGGCUGGAACCGCUUCAUCUGUGACUGCACAGGCACUGGCUACUGGGGAAGAACCUGUGAGAGGGAGGCAUCCAUCUUGAGCUACGAUGGUAGUAUGUACAUGAAGAUCAUCAUGCCCAUGGUCAUGCACACAGAGGCAGAGGAUGUGUCUUUCCGCUUCAUGUCCCAGCGGGCUUAUGGGCUGCUGGUGGCUACUACUUCCAGGGACUCGGCAGACACCCUGCGUCUGGAGCUGGAUGGGGGGCGUGUCAAGCUCAUGGUUAACUUAGGCAAAGGACCUGAGACCCUGUAUGCGGGGCAGAAACUCAACGACAACGAAUGGCACACCGUUCGGGUGGUGCGGAGAGGGAAAAGCCUAAAGUUAACCGUGGAUGACGACGUAGCUGAGGGUACGAUGGUGGGUGACCAUACCCGCUUGGAGUUCCACAAUAUUGAAACUGGUAUCAUGACCGAGAAGCGUUAUAUCUCCGUUGUCCCCUCCAGUUUCAUUGGCCACCUGCAGAGCCUCAUGUUUAACGGUCUGCUCUACAUUGACCUGUGCAAAAAUGGCGACAUUGAUUACUGUGAGCUGAAGGCUCGUUUUGGACUGAGGAACAUCAUUGCUGACCCUGUCACCUUCAAGACCAAGAGCAGUUACCUGAGCCUGGCCACCCUCCAGGCCUACACCUCCAUGCACCUCUUCUUCCAGUUUAAGACCACCUCAGCUGAUGGCUUCAUUCUCUUCAAUAGUGGUGAUGGCAAUGACUUCAUUGCAGUUGAACUAGUCAAGGGGUACAUACACUAUGUCUUUGACCUUGGAAAUGGUCCCAAUGUGAUCAAAGGCAACAGUGAUCGCCCCCUGAAUGACAACCAAUGGCACAAUGUCGUCAUUACUCGGGACAACAGUAACACCCACAGUCUGAAAGUGGAUACCAAGGUGGUCACUCAGGUUAUCAAUGGUGCCAAAAACCUGGAUCUGAAAGGUGAUCUCUACAUGGCUGGCCUGGCCCAAGGCAUGUACAGCAAUCUCCCAAAACUUGUGGCCUCCAGGGAUGGCUUUCAGGGUUGUCUGGCAUCAGUGGACCUGAAUGGGCGUCUGCCAGACCUCAUCAAUGAUGCUCUCCAUCGGAGUGGACAGAUAGAGCGUGGCUGUGAAGGACCCAGUACCACCUGCCAGGAAGAUUCAUGUGCGAACCAGGGAGUCUGCAUGCAGCAGUGGGAAGGCUUCACCUGUGACUGUUCCAUGACUUCUUACUCUGGGAACCAGUGCAAUGAUCCUGGCGCUACGUACAUCUUUGGGAAAAGUGGAGGCCUCAUCCUCUACACCUGGCCGGCCAAUGACAGGCCCAGCACGCGCUCGGAUCGCCUUGCUGUGGGAUUCAGCACCACUGUGAAGGACGGCAUCUUGGUGCGCAUCGACAGUGCCCCAGGUCUUGGCGACUUCCUCCAGCUUCACAUAGAACAGGGGAAAAUUGGAGUUGUCUUCAAUAUUGGCACAGUUGACAUCUCAAUCAAAGAGGAGCGAACCCCAGUAAAUGAUGGUAAAUACCACGUGGUGCGCUUCACCAGGAAUGGCGGCAAUGCUACCCUCCAGGUGGACAACUGGCCAGUGAAUGAGCAUUAUCCCACAGGCCGGCAGUUAACCAUCUUCAACACUCAGGCGCAAAUAGCCAUCGGUGGAAAGGACAAAGGGCGUCUCUUCCAAGGCCAGCUUUCUGGGCUCUAUUAUGAUGGUUUGAAAGUACUGAACAUGGCGGCUGAGAACAACCCCAAUAUUAAAAUCAAUGGAAGUGUCCGGCUGGUGGGAGAAGUCCCAUCUAUCUUGGGAACAACACAGACAACCUCCAUGCCACCAGAAAUGUCUACCACUGUCAUGGAAACUACCACUACAAUGGCUACCACUACAACCCGCAAGAAUCGCUCCACAUCUCUUUGGAACUCCACCACUCAGCCAACAUCAGAUGACCUUGUUUCAUCUGCUGAAUGUUCUAGUGAUGAUGAAGACUUCGUUGAAUGUGAGCCGAGUACAGGAGGUGAAUUAGUUAUCCCUCUUCUUGUAGAAGACCCUUUAGCUACCCCUCCUAUUGCUACUCGUGCACCUUCCAUUACACUCCCCCCUACCUUUCGCCCCCUCCUCACCAUUAUUGAGACCACCAAAGAUUCCCUGUCCAUGGCCUCUGAGGCGGGGUUACCUUGCUUGUCGGACCAAGGCAGCGAUGGUUGUGAUGAUGAUGGCUUGGUGAUAUCUGGGUAUGGCUCAGGGGAAAUUGACUCUAACCUGCCCCCUACUGAUGAUGAAGAUUUUUACACCACCUUCUCCUUGGUAACAGAUAAGAGUCUUUCCACUUCAGUCUUCGAAGGUGGCUACAAAGCACAUGCGCCCAAGUGGGAAUCCAAGGACUUUAGACCUAACAAAGUCUCCGAAACUAGUAGGACUACUACCACAUCUUUGUCCCCUGAGCUGAUCCGCUCCACAGCUUCCUCCUCGUCUGGGAUGGUGCCCAAAUUGCCAGCUGGCAAAAUGAAUAACCGUGAUCUCAAACCCCAGCCUGAUAUAGUCUUGCUUCCGUUGCCCACUGCCUAUGAGCUAGACAGCACCAAACUGAAGAGCCCACUAAUUACUUCCCCCAUGUUCCGUAAUGUGCCCACAGCAAACCCCACGGAGCCGGGAAUCAGACGGGUUCCGGGGGCCUCAGAGGUGAUCCGGGAGUCGAGCAGUACAACAGGGAUGGUCGUCGGCAUUGUGGCUGCUGCCGCCCUCUGCAUCUUGAUCCUCCUGUAUGCCAUGUACAAGUACAGGAACAGGGACGAGGGGUCCUAUCAAGUGGACGAGACGCGGAACUACAUCAGCAACUCGGCCCAGAGCAACGGCACGCUCCUGAAGGAGAAGCAACAGAGCUCAAAGAGCGGCCACAAGAAACAGAAAAACAAGGACAAAGAGUAUUAUGUGUAAAGAUGAUAACACUACUAGUAAGUGAAUUUAAAAACAGAAUUAUUUAUAUAUAAAUAUAUAAAUACUUUGCAAAGGAGAUUUGACAGAUGUCCAAACUGUUGUAACUAUGAGAUGGGGUAUACCAUACCUGUGGUGGGGAAAAAAAAAAAAAAAGAAAAGAAAAAACAUUUUUAAAAGGACACACACAAAGAUGUGUCUAUCUCUCAAAUUCAGCCACGGCUGCUGUGUUUCAGUCAUCGUUCGGAGACAGAAAGUUCUUUCUGCCCUGCUGUACCAUAAAGCACAUAACUUAGCACUAUGGAGCGAGCACACGGCUCCACCCAUUACCGAACUUGGAAGCCUCCUUCUCUCCAGGACCUUUAUGACAAAAGGUAGAAGACUUCAUGGCUUACUUGUCCCUAACUCCAAGUGAGUCUGUUAUGAUGUUGUGAAGCUUGACUGUAAC